UGUGUGUGUGUGUGUGUGUGUGUGAGAGAGAGAGAGAGAGAGAGAGAGAGUGUGUGUGUAUGUGAAUGACUCGCAGGUUUAUUUUCAUAUGGAGCUUUUGUGUGCGUUUACAACUAUCUAAGCAUCUGUCCAAAGUUACACGGGGCGACAAAAAGGAUAUUUUCUCUUCAAUGACAUGUGGAGAAAGAGCGUGUGUGAAGGCUGUAAUGAGCUCAUCCGGGACAGGUACCUGCUCCGCGUGCAGGACGGACUGUGGCACGAGCGCUGCCUGCACUGCGCGGCUUGUCUCGAGCCUCUGAAAGACACCUGCUUCCUCCGCAACAAGACGCUCUACUGCAAGCGAGACUACCAGAAGUUGUUUUUGGUACGGUGUAAGGGCUGCGCAGAGGUCAUCUCUCCGGCCGAGCUGGUGAUGCACGCAGGCACUGCGGUUUUCCACCUGCGGUGUUUCUGCUGCUGUGUGUGCGACUGCAGGCUGCAGAAGGGAGACCGCUGUGUGCUCACAGGGGACAGGCUUUUCUGUGCCAGAGACUAUCACAACCAACUGGCCAGCCCGACCACCUCCGACUCAGGUAAAAGUGAAGAUGGUGAGGAGGAGGACGAUGAUGAAGACAAUAUUAAGACCACAUUGGAGUCUAACACAAUAGGAGACAUGGAACACAAGAGACCUAAAAGGCCCCGUACCAUCCUCACAACACAGCAGAGACGUGCUUUCAAAGCUUCUUUUGAGGUCUCAUCCAAACCAUGUCGAAAGGUAAGGGAGACGCUGGCAGCAGAGACAGGAUUGAGCGUACGAGUUGUUCAGGUCUGGUUCCAGAACCAAAGAGCCAAGGUAAUGUGAUGCCCACCCACACAGACAAACACACUCAUUGAAAGAGCAUCAACUUAUGCAAUUGAUAACAGACCUCUUUCUGCAGUAUAUGAGCUUGCCAAUAAGGAAACAAGCUGUGAUAUUACCUCGUGUAGGAAACUGAUGACAUAUUAUGUAUAGAUCCCCUUAGAUUAGACUUGGAUUUCCUUUCAGGAUAGCGCUGUGUGCGUUUUCUGCUUUUCAUUCACAUUAUGAAGUGAUUUUUGUCUC